CCAUUUUCUACCCUACAAACAAAGCAGAUAACUGGAAAACACUAGAGAACAAAAAGGCUGAAAAUGGUCUUUCUUGAUUUCUUCAAGCAAACAACAAAGCUUUUGUUUUCCAUUUCCAAAAACUCUUGUCCUUUCUUUGACCUGCUUUUUCUGUAAUUUCUUCUCAAUCAUCGUAUCUGAAAGCAGGAGACUUUGUUGGGUUUUCAUCAAAUGACUUUCUCCUAAGUUCAUCAGACUGAAAGUAGAGAGCUUGUUGGAAAGUUGUAAGCAUUCAAGUUUAUGUGUUAUUUGGGGAAAUGGGUUGCUCACUUUUGCCCUUCUUGCUGCCUCUUUUAAUUCAAAUUUCAGUUGUAGCAGCUUUUACCAAUGCUGGGGAUUAUGCUGCACUGCUAGCUCUCAAGGAUGUAUGGGAGAAUGAACCGCCAAAUUGGGUUGGUUCAGAUCCUUGUAGUGAUAGUUGGGAAGGAAUUACGUGUACAGAUUCCCGCGUGACAUCCAUAUCGUUAGCAAGCGUGAAUUUGGAAGGUGAGCUAACUGCAGAUAUUGCAUCCUUAUCUGAAUUACAGAUCUUGGAUCUUUCCAACAACAAAGGCUUGUAUGGACCUCUUCCACAAAAAAUUGGAAAUUUGAAGCAGCUAACGAAUUUACAACUGAUUAGUUGCAGCUUCUCUGGUCCUAUUCCAGACACAAUAGGAUCUCUGCCGAUGCUGGUAACCCUAUCUCUAAAUUCUAAUAGCUUCACUGGACGGAUUCCACCUUCCAUUGGUAAUCUGUCAACUCUUUUUUGGCUGGAUCUGGCUGACAAUCAGCUUGAAGGUCCUCUUCCAGUUUCUGAUGGAACUAAUCCUGGGCUUGACAAGCUACUCCAUACAAAGCAUUUUCACCUUGGACAGAAUAAGUUCUCGGGGCCUAUCCCUGAUCAACUUUUCAGCUCGAACAUGGUUCUGAUACAUUUGCUGCUUGAUGGAAACCAACUCACUGGCAAUGUCCCUGAAAGCCUUGGACAUGUGCAGUCUCUGGAGGUGGUACGGCUUGAUAGGAAUUCACUAAAUGGAACUGUUCCUUCAAAUCUCAAUAAUCUUGCAUCUGUCCGUGAGUUGUAUUUGUCCAACAAUGAAUUCACAGGCCCUCUCCCUAAUCUAACUAGCUUGGAUGCCCUCCUCACAUUGGACUUGAGCAACAAUAGUUUUGAUGUCUCAACUUUUCCUUCCUGGAUUCCUCAAUCACAGGCCUUAGUAACAGUAAGGAUGGAAGGUCUUAAACUUGAAGGUCCUGUUCCUGUCAUGCUCUUUGCUCUUCCCAAUUUACAGACUGUGACAUUAAAGAGAAACAAGCUAAAUGGCACCUUAGAUGUUGGCAACUCCUUCAGCAACCAGCUGGAACUCAUAGAUCUUGAGGAUAAUUCCAUAACUGACUACAACGGACCAACAGGAGGCAAUUUUGACGUAAUACUUGUUAAUAACCCAAUUUGCGGGGAGACAGGAAUUUCAGAAAGUUACUGCAAAUUUCCCACGUCGGAUGCCCCAUACUCCACUCCUCCAGUCAACUGUAUACCCAUUCCAUGCAGUGACAUAAGAUUGCCAGCCCCACAUGCAAAUGUGCAUUCCCCUUCACAGGGAUUCUAUUCUUCGAAAGGUUCAAGCAAGUCACCUGGCAUUGGCAUUAUCAUUGGAGCAGCAGUUGGUGGUUCUCUUCUUCUGCUACUAGUAAUCCCUUUUGCAAAGUGGAACUCAACGAAGAGCAGUGUUGGCGUUCCUCAAUUGAAAGGAGCAAGAAACUUUUCAUUUGAAGAGCUUAAGAAAUAUACUAAAAAUUUUUCAGAUUCCAACGAUAUUGGAUCUGGGGGUUAUGGAAAGGUUUACAGAGGAAUUCUUCAGACUGGAGAACUCAUUGCCAUCAAAAGAGCUCAACAAGGAUCCUUGCAGGGUGGUCUAGAAUUCAAGACAGAGAUUGAGCUUCUCUCAAGAGUCCAUCAUAGAAAUGUUGUUAGCCUUUUGGGAUUUUGCUUUGAUCGUGGGGAGCAAAUGUUAAUAUACGAGUUUGUUCCAAAUGGUUCUCUCAAGGAUACUUUAUCAGGGAAGACGGGAAUAGUAUUGGAUUGGGGUAGGAGACUUAAAAUAGCCCUUGGUGCAGCUAGAGGUUUGGCCUAUCUGCAUGAACUUGCCAAUCCUCCUAUCAUACACAGGGACAUUAAAUCAACUAACAUUCUGCUGGAUGAACGACUAAAUGCAAAAGUUGCAGAUUUCGGUCUCUCCAAACUCUUAGGUGACGUGGAAAAGGGUCAUGUCACAACACAAGUUAAGGGAACUAUGGGCUAUUUGGAUCCGGAAUAUUACAUGACUCAGCAGUUGACUGAAAAGAGUGAUGUCUAUAGUUUCGGAGUACUUCUGCUGGAACUGUUAACUGCAAGAAAUCCAAUAGAGCGGGGGAAAUAUAUCGUGAGAGAGGUGAAGAUGGCAAUGGACAAGACCAAAAAUCUUUACAACCUUACUGAAAUUCUUGAUCCAGCCAUUGUCUCUGGCUCAACCCUGAAAGGUCUAGACAAGUUUGUGGACCUGGCAAUGACGUGUGUAGAGGAAUCAGGAGCUGCCAGGCCUCCAAUGAGUGAAGUGGUGAAAGAGAUUGAAAACAUUAUGCAGCUUGCCGGUAUGAAUCCUAAUGCAGAAUCAGCAUCUAGUUCGGCAACUUACGAAGAUGCAAAUAAGGAAAAUCCAGAUCAUCCAUAUGGCAAGGAGUCAUUUCAGUACAGUGGAACUUUUCCACCUUCAAAAAUUGAGCCCCAUUAGGUGAUACUUCUUUUGUGUUGAAAUCUGUAAUGGUUGAUGACUUGAACACUCCUAUAUAUAUGUUUUCUGUUCACUUCAGGAAGAAAGAUACAAUUUUUUCAUUUCCAGUUGCUUGUACUACCAUUUGAUGAAGAAUCACAACUGUAAUUGACCCGAAAUCGUCCUUUAUUUAUGAAUACAGAACUGACCAUGAUGUA